AUGUCCGACUUAGCGCGGAACACCGGACUGUACGAUUUGCCCCCUGAGACCUUCGAGUCAACCCUCACAUACCUGGACCUCGAAUCGAUCAAGGCUCUCCGCUUAGUCGACCGGAAGCUGGCCGAGAAGUGCAUCGGGCCCCGAUUCCUAAGGUGCAUCCAACAGCCUGUUCUCGAUGUCUCACCGCAGAGUCUUCGCUCUUUGCAUGCGUUGGCGCGCAAUCCUACCCUCAGCAAGAAGAUCCACUCGCUCACAUUCCUUGCCACAACUAUGGAACUUUCCGAGUUAGACAAGAAUAUCAAAUCUGGAAAGUACGUGGCGCAGAAACUCAACGAGCUCGGAAACGUGGUUUCCAGGACCAAGGAGCCACCCAGCGAGAUGAUUGAGAUCCUACAACUUGCGCUCAACCUGUUUGGAACCUUGGAUGUCAUCCGCUUCGAUGGCGGGGUCCUCCGCGGCCGGACGGAGAGAAAGGCGCCCAAUUCUAAAGACUGGCAGCCACUCUGGGCGCGAGCCGCGCAAAUCCUCUCGUUGGUUUUGAAGGCAAUGGUGCGGAGUAGGGUCUCGGUCAAGAGCCUGGAUAUCUUUCGUGAUACAGAUAAAUGCUGCAUUCCGAUUGACAAGAUCACCGAUAUUGCAUCGAAUUUGGGCCCAGCGCAGCUGGCGAUACUCGGCAAGGAUCUGAUAUCGCUCAAGCUCAGUAUUUCUAUGGCUCUUGAGGAUUCUCUUCAAGAUGAGGAGGAGGAGGACGAGGAAGAAGAGGAUGAAGACGAGGAUGAGGAGGAAGAGAAAGAAAAAGAAGAAGAAGGAGAGGAUCCCCGGCCCGUGCUAGAGGAUGGAACACCCGGAAUAGCAUCACUAUUUCUCAAAUCUGCACCAGCUCUUCGAGAGCUGGACUUAACAUUCCGGCGUACUGCAUAUGGAGAGGAAUUAUUUCACUACUACGAUAGGAUCGUCGACAGUAUCGCUCGAGAAACCCAAUUGCCAUUGUUGGAAAGAUGUGCGUUAUCCGGAUUUGCGGUCAAAAGACAGUCCCUGCUGCUUUUUCUCCAAAAGUAUUCCGGCCUCCGCUCGUUGACGCUGCAUGAGUGUCACCUAACCACGGGGUCAUGGGCCCCGAUCUUUGCUCAUUUGGAGCGAUCGAUGCCAAGUCUCGAGAAUCUCAGCCUCGAGAAUCUGUUUGGGAGACAUACACAGAACAGGAAGUAUGCACAACCAAGGCGGCAUGCUCCAGAUCUUGGCCCCAAUCCACAGGCAGCGGAUGACGAGCAGGAGGGCAAGGGGCUGGUGGUCCUGCUGCCAAUCUGGGAUACAAAUCCGCCACCGCGUUGGACACGCUACUCGCAUUCGAACGGGUUAGCUGUGCACACCAGGGACUUCACCCGCGAGGACUUGGCCAAAGGACUGGACUCAACUUUACGCGCGUCCUUGUUGAGAUGGUUCUACGAGGUCCUGGCCAUCCCCGUCAGGCAAGCCACAACACAGCCCAUGAUUGUGCUUGCCCUCUCCCAAUAG